AUGCAUUCCUUGUGUUCCUUGUGUGGAACAUCAAUUCAAAGGGAGAGUCUCCGACCCAACAAGCCGUUGGAAAAACUCAUUGAGCGCAUCAAGGAGCUGGAGCGUGAGAGGCUGUGUGAGGAACACGGGGAGCGGCUCCACCUUUUCUGUGAGGAUGACGAGCAGCUCAUCUGCUGGCGCUGUGAGCGCUUCUCCCAGCACAGAGGACACCGCACGGCUCUAGCGGAGGACGUAUGUUUAGGCUACAAGGUGAGACGACGAGCACUCAUCUGCUGGCGCUGUGAGCGCUCCCCCCAGCACAGAGGACACCGCACGGCUCUAGUGGAGGACGUAUGUCCAGGCUACAAGGACAAGCUCCAAGGCAUUGUAACAAACCUGAAGGAAACUCAAGACCACUGUACCAGUGCGAAGUUGUUCAUGGCAGAGCAAAUAACUGCAUGGAAGGAGAACAUAGAGCUUCGGAGACAAGAAAUCAAGUCUGAGUUUUGGAAUCUCCACUGCUUCCUCCAUGAGGAGGAGAGGGCUUAUCUAUGGAGAUUGGAGAAAGAGGAAGAGAAGCUGCUGGGGAGACUGCAGGACAGUGAAGCCAGUCUGGACAAUCAGAGUUGUGAACUGGAGAAGCUCGUCCUGGAACUAGAGAAGAAAUGUCAGGGCUCAGCCCAGAAUUUAUUGCAGGGUGUGAAAGACACAUUAAACUGGAAUUCAGAUGUGAAGCUGAAAUUGCCAGAGAUCUUCUGUUUGGAGCCUCAAACUGUGUGCCAUGUUCCUGAGCUUUACUUUGAUGUGAAGAAAAUGUUAAGGCACUUCCAAGUCAGCGUGACUCUGGAUCCAAACACAGCUCAUCGUGAACUAAUUCUGUCUGAGGAUCGGAGACAUGUGACCCGUGGAGGCAGACGGAAGAAGCAUAUCAGUUCUAAAAGAUUAUGUUCCUUACCCUGUGUCCUGGGCUGUGAGGGUUUCACCUCAGGAAGACAUUACUUUGAAGUGGACGUGGGAGAAGGAUCCGGGUGGGACUUAGGAGUUUGUCUGGAAAAUGUGCACAGGGACAGGGACAUGACCCCAGAGCCUCAGUCUGGCUUCUGGGCCAUCAGACUCUGCCAGGAGAAUGGCUACAUGGCCCUUACCUCUCCCCCAACACCCCUUUCAUUGAGGGAGCGGCCCCUGCUAGUGGGAGUUUUUCUGGACUGUGAGGCUGGACUUGUGUCCUUUUACAAUAUGAACACUGGCUCCCACAUCUUCACCUUCCCAAGGGCCUCCUUCUCUGGUACUCUUCGGCCUUAUUUCCAGGUUAAUCAUUCUUCUUCUUUGUUCCUCCCUCCACCCCUGGAGUCAAUUUAAAAGAGUCUCUUUGUUUCCCAUUGUAGAAAUAUAACGUCAGUCCUAUUAGGUCAGGACUUGGUCUAUUUUGUCAUUUGCUCUUUCCCUUUACCUGAACUGGCGCUGAGUUCACAGUGGACACUCAGUGAGUGUGCCAUGACUGCUGGACACAGCCACUGUGCAGACAGCACAGAAGAUCAGCCUGACCGGCGGGGAAGCGAGAGAACAGCAGGGUCAUCCCUCAUACUCAACCCCUGUCACUGGGUCACAUCUCUGACCUGCCAGGGUCCUGGUCUCACGCUGGUGUCUGGCCUCUUCCAUUUCAUGUCAAGUUUUCACGCUCCAUCAAUGUUGUAGUUUGGGUUAGUAGUUGCUUCUGUUUCUGGACAAAACAUCCCACUGUAUGGAUAUCACACAUUGUGUGUUCCCGUUCAUCAAAGGAUGGACAUUGGUUGUUUCCACUUUGGGGAGAGUUCAAAUGAUGCCAUUGAGAACAGUGCUGUACAAGUUUUUGUGUGAUUAUGGUCAAAUUUGGAGGUUUAUACCUAGGAGUAGAAUUGCUACUUCCUGUGAUAAUUUGUUCAACUUUUUUUUUUGAGAUUUAUUUAUAGAAGAACUGAGGUACAGGCCAGAUGCGAUGGAGGGUGAGCAGAUUCACCAGAGAGAGAGCGGGGAACAGAACAGGCAGGCUGACUAAAUACACUGCUGAGGGGAGCAGCGUGUGUGACAGGUGAGGUCUCCCGAGCCAUGUGGGACUCCGCCGGCCUGCCAGGAUCCAACCGGUGCUGCAGAGGCUGGGAGAGCUUCACAGUGUGGUGCUCAAUUGCCUGCUCCACCAAGGGAGGCCCAAGUUGUUCGUCUUUUUAAGGAACUGUCUGUUUUCCAAGGAUGCUACAACAUAGUAUAUCCUCACAUGCCAUGUAUGACAUUCCAAUUUCUCUACAUUUUAUUGUGGGUAUUUUUAAAUGUAACUAUGCUAAUGGAUGGUAAGUUCUAUCUCCUUGAGAUUUUGUUUUUUUCUGGCUUUUGCAUUUUCCUAAUGAGUGGUGAUGGUGACAGCUUCAUGGCUAAUUGUGUGUCUUUUUGGAAUUAUCUCUUCACAUACAUUGCCCAUUUUAGUUGGGUUAUUUGUAUUUUGGUUUGUAAUAACUUCUGUAUGCUAAUUACAGUUCUAGGUAUGUCCCUUAUCAGCCUAAUAAUUUUAGAAACUUUCUGUCAUUCUCUGAGUUGUCUUUUACAUUCUUGAUGGAGUCCUGUGAAGCUCACCUCAGUAUCGUUGUUAUAUUGAACUUUUAUUGCUUGUGCUUUGGUGUCAUCCAGGUAACCAUUGGGAACCCAAGGGAACAAGAGUUUUUCCCUCUUUUCUUCCAAAAGGUUUUAACCAUUUCAGUUCUUACACUUAGAUCUUUGGUUCAUUUUGGGGAUACCAGUGAUCUGUCCACUCCAUUCUUUGAAUUUCUCCAUCCUACACUCCUCAUACACAGGAAGGGAUGCACUGAGGGAGGGACUACCUCUGGCCUCCCCUGAGCUGUCUCAGUACAUCACACAAAUCACAUGAAGCACUGGGCUCUCCCCACUUAGGGAACAUGUCUCUGAAGUCUCUUCUGCCUCCCCUCCCCUCUCAGACCUGAGCUCUGCAUGAUCCCCUCCCUUACACAGCAGGUGCCAGGGGGGCAGUGGUCACAAGACAGACCCUGUCAUGAGCUUGUGUAUGUCUGGCUGCUGCUGUGUGGGUGUGGUUGAUCCCCUGUGGGGUCCCUCAGCUCCUUUCCUGGUCCUUUGACUAUGGGGAGCCAUGCUACUCAUGUCGUCUGACAAAAGUCCAGGCAUGGGGCAGAUUUCUGAAAAAUCAGGAAUCUUGUUAGCUGACUCCAAGAUUCUCCUCAUUUGUUUAUGGCUAGUUUCUACCAUUGCUAAAAUACGCAUUUAAAAGUAAAACUGCAAAUACUGAUCAAUCACUGAAUAACCAGUUUGAUGACAAAUGGCACUGCAUGAUACAAAUAUCACAUUUUUUAUAAAAUUAGUAGUUAUCUGCCAAAAGGCAGCAAUUCAACAUUUGGCCUUACAUUAAUAAAUUAAAAAAAACUUCUGGGAACAAAAGGCUGUAAACAUCCCUAGGCCAAGUCUUUGAUAUGGAGAUGUGGUCUUUUGAGGCAAGGGCUAAUUGGAGAAGGAAAUUCCUUUACUUUAAAGUAAAAGAUAGCAGUUGGGUGGCAGAGGAGAGCCAUGCUCCAAGUGUAAGAAAAUUCCUAAUAAACCAGGAGGCGCCAUAGCUGACUCCUGCUAAAUUCUUCCUGUUUGUUUAGGGCUAAUUUCCCUGGAGGUGACAAUUGGUAUGGUAGCUGUUAGAGUGUGCAUUCAAGAAUAAGUCAACAGCAAUUUUGUGACUGGUUGAGCUAGUACCAUGGCAGCACAAAUAAUGCACUUGGAUAUGGUUAAUGUUACAACUACUGAUAUGUCACCUAUCGACCAUUUUUGAGAAUCAAAGGCUAUAACCAUCUCUGCUCCUGCCCCUGGUGAAAUAUUUGUAGUUCCUUAAAACAACAACCAGCAAUCUUAUAGAUAAGGAAAUUGUCUCUUGAUCUUAAAGUUAAAUAUGGAAACUAGGCUGACUAGAUAAAGUAGAGGAGUAAUAAGUAGAAAACUCUUUGUUUAGAUUAGGAGACUUUCUCCCUCAAUUUGUUAGGGGAAAAGGAUGUCCUAAAGCUAAUUCCAUACAGGCUUUGUGGACUCCGCCCCCAAUCCCAGGCCAAAGCCAAAGACACUGGGAACUCCAAAUCCCAUCACCACCAAAGGGAAGGUGGCUGGGACCUGAGGGUGGGGUUAAGCAGCCUGGUUGGUAUAAAGCCAGACACGUGGGCUUGGGGGGUUCCCCCGUUUUGGCUCUCCGCCAGCUCUCAGCAUCCGGCCAGCUCUGAGAGUGACUUUGGGUUUCCAGGUCGGCGGAUUGGGUAGGACGCAUUAAAGACUUUAUUUCCCUAUUUUUUCCCUGAGUUGUACAUUUUCCUUAUUUCCUUUUCCCUUGUAAAUAAACCUUUUAUUAACCUUUUGUGUGUGCCUGUAGUGGAGUAUUAAUAAGUCCCUUAUAAGCGCGCGGGUGAGGACCCACAGCCAGGAACCCGUUCAAUAUCGGGGCUGCUCUAUAACAAAUUCACAGCUGGGGCUAGGGAAGAGUCAGUGCCGCUUGCCUGGCAUUAACGCCCUCCAGGCACUUGGUUCCUUAAUAUCAAAUCAAUAUAAAAGCAAUAUACUAUAGAUGAUGAUUUCUAUAUAAAAGCCUUCUGUUUUUUACUUUAAUCAAUUAGUUAUACGUUAGUCUAAACUUUAUAGGUUAGUUAGAAAAAAUCCCUUUGUUUCCCCUCCCCCAGGUAACUUCCUGCCCUUUGUCUCCCCAGCCCUUAGUUAAUCCUUCAACAUGG